AUGCGGACUUCUACGUCCAAUGGCGCACAGGAUGGGGCCGCGAUUCAAAGUCGCCAAGAUGUUCCUCAAGGGUUUGGGCAGCUGACAGGGCAUGGACCUGCCCUAGGCACCGACAACGCUCGCGGUUGCGCAAUCCAACAAGGAGGAACAAGCUCUGAGCCACAACGUCGGCAGCCGUUGCCGACGGGCAGCUCUUCCGAAGCCCCGGCCGACAAAUCCAACGGAGCCAACGGAACCCGGCCGCUGUGGGGUGAUGUAGUGGAAAGCUACAGGAAGCGCUUGGCCAUGGACAAAGGCCGCGAGGGCCGACCAAAGUCCACACCCAAGAAGGCCAGCCCGCUUGACCCGAAACACGAAGUUGUUUACCUUUGA